AUUAUUAUUAUUUACAUUUAUAAAUGAAGGAAUCAAUCAGAAUCAGAGGCAACCUCUUUCUCUGUUUUCCAUAGCGUUUACUGCUUGUAGCUCCAUAAAAUACAAUCUUCGGAGUCCUCAAUCGAUUUUCAGAGGAUUACAAAAGAAAGGUUGAGCUGUUGUUCAUUAAAUAAAUGUUUUGGAAAAUAAUGGCUGUUCCAGAACACAACUCAGGUGAACUUUGUGUCCAUGUUGAUUCAGAAAAGAUCAAACCAGCUGUUAAAGUGCAAAAUGUGGUUGGAGUGAACGAAAGGGCCAAUGAUGUAUUGUAUUGUCCUCCAUUUAACAGUGGAAAUCACCUUGUUGAUAAUGGAAUUGUCGUAUUUUUCGGUGGAGAUAUGCAGGAUUUUCAAGAAAAUAUGAAUGCUAAAGAAAAAACGAAAGGAUUCGUGAAUUGGAGCUUAGAGAAUAUGUCAAAAAUUCUCAGUAUGCACUAUAAAAAUUGCCACAUACUCAUAGUCAGACCGAUAAGCAUAGAAGAUGGAAUAUUCAGCAGUUACUCCAAUUUUGUUCCUUCCUUGGAGUAUGGAGUGCCUAAAUUUACCCCGAACCAUGACUCUAUUCUUCAUCUGAACAAGCUCAUAAAAAACACUCAAAACAUAAUGGAAAAUAUGAAUUCUUUGGAUAUCAGGACACGCAUUGAACAUACUUGCAAGCUAUUGAAUCUUGGGCAUUGCUGUCUUCCUCCAGAAUCUGAAUACAGAAAAAAAUUUAGUGAAUGUUACCUGGAACUGGUAGGCUUCAGUAAGGGUUGCGUUGUUCUCAAUCAAUUUCUUCACGAGUUUCAUUAUUUCAAGAAGAAUUCACAGGUAGAAGGAGCCGAAGAAAGUAACGAGUUGACUCGAAAAAUUAGGACUAUGCGUUGGAUGGAUGGUGGUCAUAAUGGAAGAGAAGGAACAUGGAUCACCUCUGGAGAGAUCCUUAGUAGUUACGCAGAAUUAGGCAAACAAACAUAUGUUCAUGUAACACCCUAUCAAGUCUGCUGCAAAAAAAGACCUUGGAUAGGAAAAGAAGAGGCGAUAUUUACCAGUUCACUUAUCAAGAAAAAAGUCGACAUAAAAAGAAAACUGCAUUUUGAACAUUCUGUUGGGAAUUUGGACGAUCAUUUCAAAUUGCUGCUCGAUGUGUUCAAAGAGAUCACAUAAGUUAAAUACAUACAAUUCUUUGUUGUUGUUAGAUUUACUUACUUUUUAGUUUCAUUGAAAAAAUAUGAAUUGUUUUAGUUGUGGCAUUUUAAUAGUUCGUUUCAUUGAAUAUAUUUAUUGUUUGUA